GAUCACAGGUCUGCUAGGAGGUCUAACAUGUCUGUUUUCAAGGUCUCAGCUCUGACUCUACUGUUUUUCUCUGCCUGCUGUUGGGCCAGCAAUGAGGCAGAGGAGAUUACAGAGGUGGACUCAGGGGAGCUUUCUGUCUCUGAACUUCUAGAAAGAGCCAACAGUAAUCUGAUCCGCUCCAACAAUGAUCCCAUGCUGAUUGGAGGAGACAUUGCCAUUGGCAGCGAGGCAGAGAAAAAUGCUGACCCCUGCACCAGCCGAGGCUGCAUGUGGGGCAAGUGGAGUGACGGGAAGGUCUACAUUCCUUAUUACAUCACUAAUCACUUCUCCUCCCGAGAGAAGGCCAUCAUCACCCGUGGACUGGAGUCCUUCUCCUCCUUCUCCUGCAUCAACUUCAGGCCCAGCAGAAGCAGCGACCGUGACUGGCUAAGCAUUGAGUCCAAGAAUGGCUGCUACUCCUUUGUUGGACGUACUGGUGGUAAGCAGGUGGUGUCUCUGGCCCGUAGCGGAUGCCUUUACCAUGGAACGGUCCAGCAUGAGCUGCUCCAUGCUCUGGGAUUCAACCAUGAACAAACCCGCUCUGACAGGGACAACCACAUCAAAGUCCUGCUGCACAAUGUUCAGUCUGGAAUGGAGCACAACUUCAGGAAGAUUGCCACCCUCAACCAGGGCACUCCCUACGAUUACAACUCAGUCAUGCAGUACCACAGGACUGCCUUCUCUAAGAACAACCAGCCCACCAUGGUCCCAAUCCCUAACCCCAAUGUGUCCUUUGGCAACGCCAGGGAGAUGAGCCGCAAUGACAUUGCCAGGCUCAACACGCUCUACAAGUGCUGAAGCCUGCCCAGAUGUUCUGUAGACCUGUAGACACCAGAACAACAUUCAAUCAUCACCUAAUAAAUGUAUUAUGACUGAAU